GUCCCUGUCUUGGUUGCGAUCAGCCAUGCUGUGAAUUCAUGUGAUAGAGGAGCCGGAGAACAAGGAUAUUUCCGUCCUUCAGAUAUGGAAUACGCAAUUGUUCCAAAGGGAACAGCUACGUCUCUGCUUCUUUUUUUGCUGAAGAAAUCAACUUGAAAAUAUCAAGAAAAUUUUUAUUUAUUUAUUUUUUUUGUGAUCGUCAUUCUGGACCCUUGUUGACACAGCACGUAGGACACUGAAGAGGUUUGGGAUUUGUGGGGGCAAAAAGGAAACUAGAAAGAAGGUGGCUGAUUGACAGCUAUGACCAAUAAACCAAUGUGAGUUAGAACUGCCUGGAAGAUACACUUAAAAACAGGUUUUCUCUCUCCUUCUGUUCUGAUCCAGCAAACUCCGAGAGUGCUUCUUUAGCUGUAGCAUGUUUAUUUAUUCUGCAAACUGUCCAGAGUGACACUUCUCCACAGCAAUUAGAGAUAUUUGACUAAAAAUCCCAGGCUCAGUCAUGCCCCUCAGGUCAGUCCACUCUGACAUCCUGGUCCUCCUGGGUGUGCUCGUGUUGUGGGGACCUGUGGGAUCCAGGGGCCAGAAUGACACAGAGCCCAUCAUCCUUGAGGGCAAAUGUUUGGUAGUGUGUGACUCCACUCCUUCGUCCGAGCCCGCCGGUAACGCCCUGGGCAUGUCGGUGCGCUCCGGCUCCGGCCGGGUGGCCUUCUCCGCCAGUCGCCAGACCAACCACGAACCGACGGACAUGAGCAACCGCACCAUGAUCAUCUACUUUGAUAAUAUUUUGGUUAAUGUGGGCACUCAUUUUGACCAAGAAAGUAGUGUGUUCCUGGCACCAAGGAGAGGGGUGUAUAGCUUCAACUUCCAUGUGGUGAAGGCCUACAAUAGACAAACUAUUCAGGUCAGCCUGAUGGUCAACGGCUGGCCGAUGAUUUCUGCUUUCGCUGGGGACCAGGACGUGACCAGAGAAGCUGCCACCAAUGCCGGCCUGGUGAUUAUGGAGAAGGGCGACAAGGCCUACCUCAGACUGGAGAGAGGCAAUCUGAUGGGAGGCUGGAAGUACUCCACAUUCUCUGGCUUCCUGGUUUUCCCCUUGUGAGAAAGACGGAAGGUUGAAGCGCUGCAAGGAUGACAAGAGGAGAAUUGGAUAGCAGAGAAGUGAGAAUGAUUGAGGAAAAAAAUAGGAAGGAGGUGGUAGGAGAAAAGAGAGGCUUCAAUCU